GAAGAAAAUGCCAAUUUCUAAUAAAUUCAUAUACUCACCAAAGAAGAGAAGCAUAAAUUCAACGCAGAAAAUUCAUUCAAGAUCGGUUCUCAAGACGCCAAAUUUGAAGCCUGAUAAGCAUUUAAAGAGUUUUGCUUCUCCAAACAGCCGUGGAAUGGAAGAAGGCUUUUCUUCCACCAGAUAUGGUACAGAAGCAUCUAAAAGAUAUCACUCAGAAUCUAAAAGAAAUGCUCAUGAUGAGAUAUCUCAAAAUUGACGAAAAUAAUUUGAGUUCAAACUUCAGGAAUUAUAAACAGAAAAGUUCAUCAGAAUUAGGUAAAGCUAAUCCAGGAAGUCAGACAAAAAUUGAUCCACCUUUUAUCGAGGAAAGGUUAAAUCACAUGUAUUCUCAGCCACUGACUUGUUACGACAAUGGCAAUGGAAUUGCUAGCCCUUACAAAGAUGGUGCCAAAAACUUGAGAUAUUCCUCCCCAAACCAAGUCUCCAAUAUCGUCUUCUAUGAUCAAACCAACAAUUUGAGUCUGAAGAAAAGUGAGAUGUAUGUAACAACCUCUCAAAGAGAGUAUUCAUCUCCAAGGAAGAAAUUAGCUGUUACGAAAAGCCAGACUAUAAACCCCAGUAAAGAGUCUUGAUUCUUCAAUCCUUCAACUGUGAUGAUCUCAAAACAUAAAAAAUAUUCUGCAGCUAAAUCGUCUAGCAAGAAGACUAAAAUCCAAGCAGUACAAUCAGAGAUUACUGCACAGAAGCCUCCCAUUAGUCGACGCAAGAAAAAGUGUAAAGCAAGGAAAGAAUCAAGGAAUAGAAGCAGCUCUAAACCCAAGAGUCAGAUGGGAAAGUAUACUGGAAGAGCAGAUACUAUUGCAAAGAAGAGACUGGUAGGGUUUAAAGAAGAUGAUUCUACUUUGAGCUAUCGCUCGUAUAAAUCCAGUCAUCUCUCUUCUGCCACCAAAAAGCAUCAUUAUAAUCCCUCCUCUUCCCAUUCAAAAACACACAGACCUCCAACGCACCCUCAAGCUGCUCUAUCUCCUUCCAAAACUCUUCGGUUCGAGUACCCUUCUAUCAACUCCCAAAAACGGACCCAUCACUUGCUCAACCAAGUGAGAGGCUGGAACACAAUCGACAACCGACUCUCAGCCAACCAAAAGAAAGUCAUGCAGAAACCAGACCAUUUCGUAGAUUUGUUUACUGGCGAUAAAGCUACUAAAAGACUGCCCAAAAACCCCACCCAAAACUCCCUCCACCCCUCUUCUUCCCCACCCCUUGCUGCCCAGUUCCACCCAAAUUAUGCCUACAGUCCUCACAAAGAGUUCCUACAGUCCCAAUUUCUUCGAGCAAAGUGUUUACAAACGGAGUCUCCUUGCCCAUUGCUGAAAGAAGGUAAUGAGGUUAGGGUUACAGAGGAGAAGUUUAGGGAAGUUUGGGGUAGGAAAGGUGAAAGUAAAGCACAAGUCCAGACAAUGAUGGAUAAGGCACUGGUGAAGCAGAUGGAAGAGAAGAGACAGCAGAAAGAUCAAGAGGUAGUACAGAGGUAUCAGCAGGAGAUAAGAGAGAAUCAGAGGAUGAAAAUGCAAAUCUGAAGGGAAGAAGAAGAGAAAAUACAUAUGAAAGCACAGCAAAGACAAGAGUUAAGGCAGGAAAUGGAGAGAGUUUUAGAGAUGAAAAGAAUGCAGAAGUUAAAGCAGCAGUAAA